UAAUUUGUUGUUUUAAAUUUGUUUGCUGCUGUUGUUCGUUGCCCUCCACAGAACUGUAUACAUUUCCGCAUAGUUGCAUUGAUGAGCGCAAUUUGAUUUGCGAGCGGGGCCAGAGAAUCCAACGGGAAGACGCACACAAAAAUUUUCUAUAUCGCCUCAGUGCAAUUGAGUAUGCGGUGCGGUCGGUUGUUGUCGUUAAUGGUGUUCUCCAUACCGCCGGUCCUGCUAACACACAAACUUCACAAUGCACAACAGUAAAAGUUACUAAGGAAAAACAACACAUUGAGCGGCGAAUCCUUUUUCAAUUUAUUAUUGAAAUUUAAUGGAAAUUUUUUUUGCUGGCUGUCGUUCGGCUGGCUUACGCGGCGUAUGCGUAAUAUAUUGAGCACGAAACCAGCAACGAAACGGAAAGUGAUGCGUAAUUGGCCAGCACGAAUAGUCCCAUAGUUCAAAAUAACAAUAAGCAAUAAUUAAAUAAAAUUAUUCAGUGUGCGAGCAGCAACAAGAAUAACAACAAAUUUAUAUAAAGAAUAAAUGCGCUCAAUUAACAGGAAUAUAUUAAUUGAUUAAUAAUGCAAAAAUUGUUUUUAAUAGGCGCAAAGAGCAUUAAAAACGAAAGUUGGCCAACAAAAAUCAAAACAGUUUCACAUCAAGUGAAACUUUAGAUACAACAACAGCUAGCAGCCUAAGCAAUACAACAACACAGAAGCGCACUUAAGCCUAGCAGUAAGGAGAAGAAGACGAAGUAGAAGAAGGAUAUACAAAACAACAGUUAGCUGUUAAAUCAAAAUGCAUGGACAUCAUCAUCAUCAUCAGCAGCAGCAGCAGCAGCAGCAACCGCUGCAGUCACAGCAACAAGUGCAACAAAUGCCAGCCGCAAUGAAGCAGCAGCAGCAGCUGCAGCAACAGCAACAACAAACACAACACAUAGCCAUAGAGCAACAGCAACAGCACCAGCAGCAGCAGCAGCAAACGCAUCCACAUCAUCAUCAUCAUGCAACAGCACAGCAUCCACAACGGCAUCCACAACAGCAUCCACAACAGCAUCCACAUGCGCACCCACAUCAUCAUGCAAAACUGCUGCGUCGUUCGCGCAGUCGCAGUCGCAGUCCGACGCCGGAUGGGACACAGGACUACGAUGUGACGCGGAUGCGUGAGGAGGACUUUGAGCGUUUAGCGGUAUAUUUGGUGCCCGACGUGCAAGCGGAGCGAGGGUUGCCCAAUCGUGCGGAUAAAACGCUGCCGCGCAGCCUAACGCUCAAGUCCUCCAUGGUCUACUCAACGCCAAAUGUUAAGACUGAAGGAGUUUGGAGCAGCGGCGUUAUACCGCGUGGCACUCGCUUUGGCCCGUUCGAAGGCAUUCCAACCUCAAAUUAUCCAAAUGAUAAGAAUAAGGCGCGAUAUUUCUGGCGGAUCUUCAAAGAUGAUGAUUAUUAUUAUCUGGAUGGCUCGGAUCGCUCGGAAUCCAAUUGGAUGCGCUAUGUUGCCUCGGCGUAUAGUUUGUCCGUUAUGAAUUUAGUGGCAUGCCAGCAUCAGGAUAACAUCUAUUUCUACACCACCCGCGACAUAUUGCCCAACGAGGAGCUGAUGGUCUGGUACUGCAAGGACUUUGCCAGCCGCCUCGGCUACGAUGUGGACCCGGAGCGCACUAUUUUCGGUGCCUGCAAACAGGAUGUGGAUGUGGAUGAGGAUGAGGACGAUGAACUGCCGCACAAGAAACCCCACUAUGCAAUGCCCGCUCCCGAAAUACCCGCCGAGGUGGCUGUCAGUCACAUUACCUAUGUAAUGGGAUUGCAUUUGCCCGGUGCACCACCUCCACCACCACCACCCGCAGGAUCAGUUGGAACAGCUGGAGCUCCAUUGACAGCACCAGCACAAGCAUCCGCCCAAUGCUGUCGUCGUGGCAGUCCACCUGCCCAUGUCAGCACCACAACCAGCAGCAACACUAACUCCAAUUCCCUUCAUCCGCAUAUACAGCACAGUCGGCAUGCCUCGGUAAUCAUUGGCCAGGAUCGGUCUCCCCUAAACAGUAGCUGUGAGAAGGAGACGGCUGGCUCACCGCUCUGUGGCAAGGAUGCCCACUACGAGCAUCAGUUGACGCCGCAGGAUGGCAGUGUGCGAUCGGUGCGCUCCGAUGAAGGUUACCACAGCAACGAGUGCCAGGAGGAUGGACUGACACCCCCCGAGGAUUCCAGUGAUAGCGAGAGUGAGCAUAACUAUGUGCUCGACUGCUCCAAGAAGGCAAUUGCACCCAAGGAGACGGUCAUUGCGCAGGCGCAAAAGCCGAGCAGUGUAUCAUCACCACCGGCAGUAGCCAAUAAUAGCAACAGCACCACCAGUAAUAGCACCACCAACAGCAGCGCCAUCAUCACGCCCACCGCUGCCGUUGUCACGCCCAGUUGUGAGGCGGACAAGAACGAGUAUCGUAAGUUCAAGGUAAAAAUGCCACUGAAAUAUGAGUUCAAGAACAAGAGCUGUGUGAAAACGGAACCACUUAAGGAAGUGGAUGAGCAACUGCCGCCAGUUGGUGUCGGUCUGGAGGAGGAGGAUCUACACGAAAUGCAUGGUGCAGCGACGACGCAUUGCGAGGAUUCAUUGUGCCCGCCCAGCACGACAACAACGCUGGGUGAGGAGCACCAUCAGUUGCAGCAUGUGAUGGAGCCAACGAAUCCACAGCCAGCCUCCUCCACAGUGAUUGUGCUGGAGCACAGCUCCAAUGGACAGACGCGAACCAUUGUGCCGCUGAGUAAGCCCUACUACGAGGCUGAUCCGCCCGUGGAGCGCUAUGUGCGCUUCACACAGCCCAGCUCCAGCAUCUUGGAGACGAUACUCACCACUCACAGCCAGCAUCGUUUGGAGGCAGCUGCCGCUGCAGCAAAUGCCUGUAGGCAGGCAAAUGCUGCAACACCACCACCCACAUCGCCCACAGAGAUGGCCUACAGCUAUAAGAAAUCACAGCGCUAUGGCAAUGCAGUGAGUCCCGAUUCCAGUUCCAAUCUGGGCCAGCCGCAGGAGCUCACUAGUGCGCAUGUGGUGCAGGAGCAGGAACUGAGUCUGAGUCGUGGUUCAUUGAUCAAAGGCGAAUGUUCGCCACCACCUCCAUCCUCGCAUCAUCAUCACAAUGUGAUCUAUUCGCCGACGAGGGCGCAUCACGGUGGCUACGAACCGGGCAGCCAUUCACCCAGCUAUACCGGUUAUGCGGGCUAUCCCGGGGCACAAUCACUGCAUGCUGCAACCUCAACGUUCCACUCACCACCUCAUAGUUCGCACUCCCCCUUCGAUCGCCAGUCGAAUGCGUCUAGUGGCGGUGGCUCCGCUUCCAACUUGCAUCUGUUGCAGAGCAGCACACAAAUGUUGAAUCAUCCGUUGAUGCAACCAUUGACACCGUUGCAACGUCUAUCGCCGCUGCGCAUCUCCCCACCCAGCAGUCUGAGUCCCGAUGGCAACUCCUGUCCACGCAGCGGCAGUCCCUUGAGUCCCAACUCGUUGGCCUCUCGCGGCUAUCGCUCGCUUCCGUAUCCCCUGAAGAAGAAGGAUGGCAAAAUGCAUUACGAGUGCAAUGUUUGCUGCAAGACAUUCGGCCAACUGAGCAAUCUCAAAGUGCAUCUGCGUACCCAUUCCGGUGAGCGUCCGUUCAAGUGCAAUGUGUGCACGAAGAGCUUCACACAGCUGGCGCAUCUGCAGAAGCAUCAUCUGGUGCAUACGGGUGAGAAGCCACAUCAGUGUGAUAUCUGCAAGAAGCGCUUCUCCAGCACAUCCAAUCUGAAGACGCAUCUCCGGCUGCACAGCGGCCAGAAGCCCUACGCCUGCGAUCUCUGUCCACAGAAAUUUACACAAUUCGUGCAUUUGAAGCUGCACAAGCGUCUGCAUACGAAUGAUCGACCGUAUGUGUGCCAGGGCUGCGAUAAGAAGUAUAUCAGUGCGUCUGGACUGCGCACACAUUGGAAGACGACGAGCUGCAAGCCCAACAAUCUGGAGGAGGAACUGGCCAUGGCAGCAGCAGCGACCUCCGAGUGUUUGGACAAGGAUCUACCGGAGCCGGAUUCGCGUGAGGCAUAUGAGCAGCUGCACCAGCACAUGCAUCCCGUGCAUCCUAGCUUGCGUCAUUUGGCUGGCACACAAUCGCCGCCGCGUCUCAUUCCGCUGGGCAGCAAUGGACAGCCGCAUAUGCAUAUGCGACAGCAUUCACAUCAGGCGCCGCCAGGACAUUUAAUGCACUCACCACAUGGUGGUCCGCCCAUGCUGCUGACCACAGCCAACCAGUUACCGCCACCAACAACGCCACAUCACAUGCAGCAGCAACAGCAGCAGCAACAGCAGCAACAACAGCAGCAACAACCUUUGCCACAAGUCUCACCAGGCAGACAGCAACAGCAGCCACAGCAUUUGGCUGCAGCUCAUCAUUUGGCGCAGCAUUCACCCAAGUCGCUGAAGCCUUUGCCGGACACUGGCUAUCUGCAUGGGCCGCAUGUCCAGGCGCAGGAGAAUCGACCCUCGGUCAUUGAGUCCUCCAGCCAGCCAAUGAUCAUUGAGUGCACGUAGAGCGCAGCAUUCAAAAAGUAACAUGAUAGAAAAAAUAACUGGAAUUAAAGUGCAAUACACAACAAAAAUUUAAAAGUUAAGCAUUAAAAACUCCCACUUCUCCCCAAGCCCCUCCUUCCUAACAGAAGCGGACAGACGCAACCCAACUGCAGCAUAACAAGCAUACAUAACGGUAUUAUUAUUAGAUUGUACAUAUAGGCAGGCGGGUCCAGAUUCCCUCCUCCACCAAUCCCACUCUUAAAACCAACCCACUCAAAAUUUAUAAGGAAAAAAUAAUAAUUUCGCGCUAUGAAAAGAAGAUCUCAAUAAUUGGCAAUCCCCAGCAAAAACUGAUAAACUAAUCAUAAAAUAAAUGUAAAACUCUGCAUAUUAUUUUUGAUAAAUAUUUUAUAUUAAAACAAAAAAGAAAUUUAAUUCAAGCUGUUGUUGAAAAAAAAACCUUUUAAAAAGAGUAAAAGCAUAAAGCAAUGUUUGUAAAGAAAAUAAAUAAGUAAAAAAAAUUUAAAUUCGAUGAGAAAAAAUGCAUUUAAAUUUGUUUUGAGUUUGAGGCGCGAUUAACUGUAAAUUGAAGUACAUACACAUACAUAUAUAUAAUAAUUCAAAUAUAUAAUUAGAUUCAAGUUGCCUUAUUUGAAUUUCGUUAGCACUGACAAAAAUAACAAAAACCAGAAAACAUAAAAAUAUUUGCUUACAAUUCGAAAUUUGAGCAGGAGAAACGUAAAUACGUAUUUUAU